AUGCCUCCGCGCAAAGUAGACGCGCAAGUUAGUGCGGUAGAAAAGAUUAGUGAACGACAGUCCGUCCUCGACAUUGUGUUGGCAAAGAUUGAUGCGAACCAGUACGACACUGCCUACCCUUUCCAGCUUAGGGUUCUUCUCUGUGGGAAGAAGAAACGCUCCUCGUUUGAUGACGCAUGGGAAAGGCUGGCCGCGGAGGUAAAGGUUCAGUGCGACAAAGCGAACCCUUUCUUGGAGAACUCUCAGAGCAGCCAGCUGGGGUCGUUGAUCGUGGACUACGGUGAGUAUUUCAUGCAAGUCGUGGAAGGUUCAGAAAGAUACGUUUUCCGUUUUGCAGAGGAGAUGAAGUCAGUGGCACAUGUCGAGACAAGUAGUGUGCGCAUUCUGUUUCUUGACGACGAUGUCCCCAACACUAUUUGCUCCGGAAUCACCCUGAUAGACAAAGUGCCACCCUCAUCCUUGACAGUCAACUUGGCUGAUAAGACCAUUGACGAAGUCGCGCAAGGGGUUACCCACGACUUGUCAUCUGUUCUAGAGCUUGCUUCUCAGGCUAGCAGUCAGAUAGGAAGGAGGAAGAGUGUAUUUACUGAGAAUGCCAAGGUGAACUGCCCAAAGCUAUUCCCCAAAGUGGAAAUGCUUGAGGCGUAUAUUAAAAGCGAUAGCUUUUUCACGCUUGACGAGUUUGUGGACACAUUUUGCAAACCAGCACAUCUGGUUCGCGAUGAGGAAAUCAAUCACCCUGUAACAGACCCACUGAAGUACUGA